AUCUUGUUGAUUUAAUAUGUGAAAUGACUGUGAAGGCAAGACAUGAAACGGCUGAUAUACUGAAGGAAUUCAACGAAAUUGUUCUGGAAUCAAAUGCGUUACAUAAAUCGUGUGAACAGUUUGGAUUGCAAGUUUGCUGCUUCGACACUGAUAUAGACUUAUGCGGAAUGUUUUCUAUGAACAGAUCUCUCUUCUUUAAGGGAGAAGCAAAAAUAGUUUCCUACACCAUCGUUUUGCUGCAAUUUCAUCUAACUUUGGGUGAGAAAUGA